UUUUGUGUCAGAGUUGUUCUCUUUUUAAGUUUAUCGGCGAUUUCAAGAUCUUACGCACAUUUACUAAGUAUUUCUUUCCGAAUCGCAAAGAUAAAUUCCGUUCUAUACAAUAGGUCAAAUAUAUUGGUAGUCGCCAGAAAGAUCUUUUGGUAACUGAGACAGAAACAAAAUUUUAUUAAAUCUCUGCGAGUCAUGACUUCUUCACGACUAUUUGUUCUCGAAGACAUGUUCCAGUUUAACCACAUUGUGAUGGAUCCCUUGGUGGAAGUGUAUACCUUGCCGUUCCUAAUUCCCAGGAUUCUGGAGCAUCCCGAACUGGUUCUUGCGGCCGAUGCUCCUGACAACCGUCUCAUCGCCUUCAUCCUGGGGACACGCGAGGAUGCGACUGAAUCCUAUGGAGCUGGAAAGCCUGUGAGCUGGAGUCAUGGACACGUCUCGGCUCUGGCUGUGGCUCAUGAUUAUCGAAAACAGGGCUUGGCCACUCGGCUCCUAACAACUGUUAGGGAUAUGAUGGAUCGUGAGAAAGACUUCUAUGUAGAUCUAUUUGUGCGGGAGAAGAAUACAAAUGCCAUUGGGCUUUACGAGUCCUUGGGCUAUGUGAAAUAUAGCUGGAUGCCUCAGUUUUAUGCCGACGAUCACGGAUAUGAAAUGAGAUUGCCUUUGUCUCGCGAUGUGGGCAGGAAGUCCCUAAAUGGAAUUAGGAUAAACAAAAUCUACAGCUUCGGCAAUAAGCUGUUCUAUUUGCUGAUGUUUUACAUAUUCGGAAUUAUAAGUAUAGUUAUUGGUGGCAAAUUGAUUGUAUAGCUAAUUGUAGCAGCACAAAACUAUUAGGCUUUAUUUGGUAUCAAAAUAUAUAAAUUUAACCACUUGGGAAACAUCCAGAAAAAGUUCAUUGCACUCGGCUGCCAUCAUUCAACUAAAAGUUUGACCAAAUCGCUCAAAGUAAGAAAUGUAGACCUGAGAAUAUAUGUCAGAAAGCAUAUGGAAACAUGAUUUGUUUAUAUGACAACAUUGAACCAGAAUUUUCAAAUGCUGUGCGUUUCAAGUUGCGCAAAAGCCAAAUUGUGGAAAUCAUUGCGCGUGUUUCAGACACAUGCCCCAACCAGACUACACUUUAUAUUUAUACAAUAUACAUUUUCUAAUUUG